AUGAUGAAAAGGAGAAGAUUGGAGGAUUCUGUUUUUCAUGAUUUCUGGAGAAUGGAUGAUGAGCCCUUCACCUCCAGUUUCUUCUCUUCUGGGAAUACUUCCUCAGAAAUUGGCCUUACCUUGGAACAGAAGACCACUUUUGUCUUCGUGGUUUUACUAUUCAUUUUCCUCGGCAUCCUCAUCGUGCGAUGCUUUCGGAUUCUCCUAGAUCCAUAUAGGAGCAUGCCAACCUCCACCUGGGCAGAUGGACUUGAUGGACUAGAUAAAGGCCAGUUUGACUAUGCUCUGGCUUAA